UUACAUUAUAUUCACACUCAUCAGCACAUUUCCAUAAAACAUAUGGAGGGCAACAUCACGCGCUACUUAUGAACUUACUGCUGGAGGCUUGGACACUGUCUGUGGGGGAGGCAGUAUGUGUAAAAUCCCUGUUUGUCUCUGGUUACACACCCUCCCAGUACUUUUAAAUCCUAUGAUGUAAUUUAUAGAUGUUCUUGCAAAGUUCUGGAUCCGCAAGUGCCUGAAAACAGGUUGGGGUGUAGUAUUGCUUACAGAAUGCAGAUAGCAAUAUCUGUUCAAGUGUAGGUGUCUUGGCAUUUAGUCACCAGUGCCAUGAGGCAGUGUGCCUCAGUUUUCCCUUCCACACAGCAGCGUAGGCCGAUUAUGCUUUUGCUGCUGUGCCAAGCUUCCAGCCUGUUUACAGGUAUAAGCUGAAAACAACAGUCCCACAAGCACGUCUUGUCACCAUUCCUAGCAUGGACAAAAGUUUUUCCCACAAAUCAGGUAUGUCCCACAUCUUUAAAGGUUAUCCAUUAGUAUUAACUCCUUUGUCCUGACCCCUAGAUGAAGUAGCAAAAGACACAAGAUUAACAGCCAGCUUAUGAUGGACAGACUCUGUUCACGCAGCCUGACUUGCCCAGCAUCCACUGUAUUUCCCAAUCCCUUUGUGUACCAUGCUGGGGGCUCAGACACAGAUUCUCCUGCCUCUCAGGAGAAGGCUCUCAAUACGGGCGUGUGUUUGAGUUUCUGGCAAGGAAAGGGUGAACUGCAACCAUGCCUGCCCUCGGCCCCUCCCUCUGGAAUCUCUGUGUUGGACCCCACCCCCUUGAGAAGUUUCCCCAAUGCAAAGUUUUCCUGCUGCCUACCUUGAAGAGGCAGUUUUCUCUCUUACAAGCAUAGCAGGAACAACAUCCUUCAAUGGAGUGCUUUGGAUUGGUAAGAUUCCCCUCGGUCACCCCACUCUCUGUUCCCAAAAGGUCAGCUGGGGGGACUCUCCCCUCCAGGAGAUCUGACCCCCAGUGUUCCCUUAAAACCUGAUCCACAGGUGAGGGGUCUGGCAUUUCAGAUGCAGAUCCUCCACCCUCCUCGUGGGGAAAAGCCUCCCUACAAAUGUGGGCAGACUCCCCUGUCCCCUCUCACCUUCCAUCUGGACUUUCCUCUCCGGGCCCCCCUCUGAGGCAGACACUCCUGUGUCCCCCAGAAGGGAAUGUGACCCUGUGAUAAAUGAGGGAAGGUAACGCUCCCUUUUAUGGACACCCAGACAGUUAGGCCCUUAACAGUAAAAAGUUACAGGAAGCUUAACCUGAGUUGGCACCUGACCAGGGGAACCAACAGGGAGGCUGCACCCUUUCAAAUUUGAAAAAUUGCUGGGUGUGGGUUUUUUGCUUUGUGUCUCAGACUGGAGAGAGGGGAAGGCAGCACCAAGCUGUAAGCUUUAAGCCAGGUGUGGAAAUCAUCAGCAUCAUACCUCGAAACUGCUCAUUUGGAACCCCAGAUACCCACCAGUCCUUGUUCUCGUUCCUUCACGAGCCCAUCGGUACCCAGGUUUUUCUUCCUGUGAAGAUAUGCACACGCCGUGACCAAGCCACCUCUUGCUCUGCUUUUGGAUCAGUGGAACAGAUCUAGCUCUUUCCAUCGCACAUGGUGUAGGCGGGGUUUAUGCUAAAAAACAAAGUUGACCCAGUUAUGUCGUUCAGGGAUGUGUGAAAAAUUCACACCCCCGAGUGAUGUAAUGAAGCCAACCUAACCCUCCAUGUAGACAGCUAUAGGUUUAUGGAAGAAUUCUCCCAUCUACCUAGCUCCUGCCUUUCGGGGAGAUGGAUUGACUAUGCCAAUGGGCCAACCCCUCGCUGGAGCGUGUCAAGUGUAGGCAAGCCCUCAGGCCCGUCUUCCCCUGAGUCCCUGUGGCUCAUCUCUGCUCCCCUCCCCGCCCCGGUUCUCCAUCUCCUUUUUUUUUCCCCCUUGUCCUCAUGCGAGGAGACAGAGUGGAAGGUUCAAGGAGUCACUUUCGCCGAUGGAGAAGGUGCCAUUUCAAGGGCUAACUCCUGCCAGGUUCCCCUGCAGAGGACAGAGGCAGGAACAAAGGCCAGUUUGCUCCUGCAACUCCGUGGGAUCCAGCCUACUGAAACCAGGAGCAUGAGGGCGGAGGGAGCCAUCUGGCUGCCAAAUCGUGGGGCAGCUCCCCAGAUACAACAAUCAUGUUGACUCACAGGGACAGCCCAUUUCCCUGGUAUAAAAAGUGACCCAUCCCAGAGGAUCUUGAGCUUUAUCCAAGACACAACUGCCAGAGCCUCUUCCGCUCCCGAGGGCCCCCUGCCAGGAGCUACAGGAAAGCCAGUGACUCCGCCGACUCUAUCUAUCGCCACAACCGCCAUGGAGCUGCUGAUCAUCGCGAUGCUGGUAGUCGGGGCAGCAGCAGACUCAGUCUCAGAGGGAGACCGGAUCAUUGGCGGGAGAAACUGCCGCAAUGGCUCCCGGCCCUACCAGGUGGCUCUCCUGAGGAACGGCCACAUCUACUGUGGCGGGAGCCUGAUAGACCCGAAGUGGGUGCUAACUGCUGCGCACUGCAACAGAAAUAUCAGAUCCGUGCAGGUGCAUGUGGGGGAUUAUAAUUUACGGGCGAAGGAACCCACAGAACAGAUACGAAGAGUCCGCAACUUCUUUGUGCAUCCCGAGUAUAACCUCCGCCGUUAUGACAACGACUUCAUGCUUCUGGAGUUGGAUGCGCCAGCUCAACUCAACAACGACGUGAACACAAUCAACCUGGCUACCCGUUGUCCCUCUCCUGGAACACCAUGCAUCGUGUCAGGAUGGGGCACUAUCAGGUCCCCCCAAAGGCUGUUCCCAAGUGUCCUGCGGUGUGCAGAUAUCUAUAGCAUCAGCCAGGCCAGGUGCCAGACCACUUACGGGGGCAUAAUCACAGAGAACAUGUUCUGCGCUGGCGUGGAAAAGGGCGGCAUAGAUUCAUGCCAGGGUGAUUCAGGAGGCCCACUGGUCUGCAAUGGGCAGCUGCAGGGUGUGGUCUCCUGGGGGAUGUCCGUUUGUGCCCAGCCGGGACGGCCCGGAGUCUAUGCCAAUGUCUGCAAAGCUGCCGAGUGGGUGAGGAAAACAAUAGAGAGGAAGUGCAUCGGAUCAGACUGAGAGCUCACAGCGGGUCACGCCUGCCACAAUAACCCACCAACACAUGCCCCAGCCACACCUCUCCUCAUCUCACCGCGGCACCCAGGAGGUGCUGAUCUGGGUGGGACUAGGAUGGUGGCACUGCGGUGGGCCAGCCCAAAGCAGCCAGUGGUUAUGAGUCAGGCCUGACAAAAUCCUGAGACUAGGUUAAAAAUGUGGGACAGGUUCAAGAAUCAUGAAUCAGCCUAAAGAUUGUGAGAUUGCUUUAAAAAUCAUGAGAUCAGUGUUAAAUUCAUGAGAUUGCUUUAAUAAAUCACGAGAUUGCCUUAAAAGUCACAAAUCAGCCUGAAGUUCACAGGAUUGCUUUAAAAAUCAAGAUGUUGAGUUUAAAUAUCAGGAGAUUUGGUUUAGAAUCAUGGGAUUAGUUUGAAAGCCACAAGACUUCUGUAAAAGUCGUGAGAUCAGCCCAGCAAUUGUGAGAUGGAUUUAAAAAUCAUGAGAUUGGAUUAAAACCUGUCUCAUAAUUUUUAAAAUGCCAUAAAUAGCGCACAUGUCUUUGAUCGGGUCUCUUGGAUUAGUAGGGGUGGCAUAAGCGGCUAUAACGGCUCUGAAGUCACCGAGUCUGAUGUCUCAUGGAGUUCAAAUUUUGUCAUAUUGUGCUACAGAAACACAGCUACUGCACCUGUGGCGUAGACAAGCCCCAGGAGUUCAUGUUCAGCUGAUUAUCCACCGCAGCCCCCAAAUCUUUCUGAGUGUCACUUCUAUGGAGAGGGUCCCCCAUCCUCCAAGUCUGGUGGACAUUCUUUGGUCUGAGAGAGAUGCAUUUGCAGUAGCCAUUUACAUCCCCACGAGACUCAGGGUAAAACGGUGAGACUUGGCAGUGGUGAGACUCAGUGACUCAAAUCUCACAUGAUUUUAUGACACGUCUCAUGAGGGUGGGUUUGUUUCUUAAAGUCUUGAGCUCCUGGAGUCACGUGACUGUGAGAAGCUGAGGUUUUGUUGGCAGAAGUCACUUUGUAGACCUAGGCUUUGUGGAAAGAAAGCUGGGAAACCGACCCUUAGAGGUGCUAAAAACAGUGAAUAAACAAACCCUACUGGGUUUGUUUUAUUUUUCACAUCUUCUGAUUUUUUUUAAGUCAAUCUCACAAUUCUGAGUGGGCCCAGACUUGCAAAUGUUAAACUCUAGAGGCAAGAGAUACUAGCAACAAGGGGUGGAAAAAUCACUGACCGAUCCUAGAGAAAAAGCUGGGACAGGAGACAUUGACAAAGAGUGAGGCAGUUUGUGCUCAUAAACCACACCUGGUUGGAAAAUAAGGCUCCCAGUCCAUGCUGAAAUGUCCGUUUCUAUAAUGAAAGCAUGUCAUUUCUAUACUCCUGCCUCUUGGCAGGGGGUUAGACUGGAUGCCCCUUGCAGUCCCUCCUGAGCCUCCCAUUCUAUCAUUCUAUGAUACUGUUAGAAACCUUUAACACCAAGUAUGUACACAAGAGAAGCACCCAAAAGAGGACAGGUGUUUAGAGAUGUGUCAGCUUUUCUAGCAUACUCAGCAGAAGAGGGCCCAGGGAUCAAACCAGAAUUUUUAGCCUGGUUCUCUGAACAUUAAUCCGAUCCUGGAUAAGUAACGUGAGAUGGACUGUGUUAAAGUGCUAUU